AUGAGUUCCACUAUUUUAAACUCAGUUAAUUCCCUUGAUUACUCAUUGGAAGUUGAAAGUGACGAGAAUUUCGGGAAAUUUACUGACCAGCUAGUUUAUGAAGUUGUGAAACUCAGCGAAUGCGACUACGACCCGGAAACUGAAACUUUUUAUUAUCUUUGUCCCUGUGGUGAUAUUUUUGAAAUAACUGUGGAAGACCUUUUGAAGGGCAAUCUCAUUUCAGAAUGUCCAAGCUGUUCUCUUAGGAUAAGAAUUGAUUUGAAACCUGGUGAUUUAGACCAGUAUGUAAACGUAAAGACCCCUUAA